UUUGAAGGGGGAAGAAGAAGAGGGGUCUAUUUACACGUUCACCCUAUUAUCAUCCAUCAUAUCCUAGCCAUUUAAAUAAAGAAUAUUCUUAGAUUCUUAAAUCUAACGGUUUUUAAGCCUAGUCCACCGGUGGACCAAUAUAUAACUUACCCACCCUAGUGGGCACCUAACAGAAUCAUGUUAACAGUCCUUGAAAAAAAGAUAAUGAGUGUGCUAGGAUUUCAUUAGAAACUACACCCUCCGGUCACAUAUAUAAGCAAAAAACACUUUUUAGGUUCAUUCAUUUAAUGAAUGUAUCAAAACAUCCAUUUGUUGUAGAGACCUCUCAUAUUUGGGUCACCCGUUGAUGUUCAUUUCACGCUCCAGAUGCCCAGCUUUGGGCGUGAGGGGUGUGUUAGAAGUCCCACAUUGGCUAGAGAUUUAACCAAACAAAUGUUUAUAAAAAGGGUAGAUCCAACUUCAACUUUUGUGCUUGUUUUCAGGUUGAGCUAGACCUCCCUAAUUCUAAUAGUAAUUAAAGAGAAAAAUAGGCUUGUGAGUAUAUAAAAAAUCUAUUAAAAAGACAUAAAAGAAAAGAGUAGUAAUUAUGAUCCAUUCAAACUUUAUUUUCUCUUCCAUAUUAUUUCCACCCAUUUUCUUUUUUUAUCUCUCUCUUGAUCUUCUAUCACAUAACUCAUUAUAUCUUUCAUUUGUCCCCGAAGGUUAGCUCAAGUGGUAAGAGUUAGGGGACAUAAGGGUUGGGUGGGAUGAAGGGUCCAGGAUCCAGGGUUCGAACCCUCAUGAGAAAUUAAUUUACUAACAUUACUAACAACUAACAUUUACCUAUAAAAAAAUAAAAGAAAAUCAUAUCUUUCAUUUAUCUCUCUUUUGGUAUGAAUAGAACAUUUUUUAAAAUAAAAUUGGACAAACUUUUUCCUACUCAUCCCAAAGUGUUCUCCCUUUGCUUCUCAAGGCAAUCUACUUCUCUCUGCCCCCUCUCUCUCCCCUAACCACUAUUAAUAUCAUCGGCAUGCAUCAUAUUCUCAUCAACUUAUGAUAGACAUUGGAUUUACUUGAAAAGUUGAAAAUUAGAGCAAUAGACAGGCAUUUCACAAACAUGGGGAGGGCUCCUUGCUGUGACAAGUCCAGCGUCAAGAAAGGUCCAUGGUCGCCUGAAGAAGAUGCCAAACUCAAAACAUAUAUCGACCACCACGGCACCGGUGGCAAUUGGAUAGCCCUGCCUCAAAGAAUAGGCUUGAAAAGGUGUGGGAAAAGCUGUCGUCUUAGAUGGCUGAAUUAUCUUCGCCCAAACCUUAAACAUGGGGGUUUCUCAGAAGAAGAAGACAACAUAAUUUGCAGCCUCUAUGUUAAUAUCGGAAGCAGGUGGUCUAUUAUGGCAGCGCAAUUACCCGGUCGCACGGAUAAUGAUAUAAAGAACUAUUGGAACACCAAGUUGAAGAAGAAGCUCCUAGGCAAUCAGAGGAAGGAGCAAUUACAGGCUCAAGCUCACCAAGUUUGCAGCAUGAAUCAAGAGAUCAAGAGAGAAAGUGAAAAUUGGGAAGUUAUAAGCCAAAAUCCCUAUUGGCCUAGAGAGCAGUCCUUGGCAAAUUAUAAUAAUGUUUCGAAUAUUCAAGACUAUGAUCUCAACAACAAUCAAGUAUCAUCCUUGAAAAGCUUGUUAACCAAACUAGGAGGAGUUAAAUUUUCCUAUGAUCUUCAACAACCAUACACUAACAUGAUGAGUUCACAGUCCUCAUCAUGUGACAUUCCAUCCACAAUGAACAUGAUAAACAGUGGUCCCAUUACCACAUAUUUCCCUGCAAACACAUUUCAAGAAUUUGGGAAUUUAUCCAAUGAUUUGAGUAAUGACUUGGUGGGAUGUGUAAACUCGCCAGAAAUAGAUGGAUCAAUGAUGCAGUUUUUAUGUGGAAUUUAGUCUAUGGAUGUGGCAAAUGGUAGUUCUAGCAUGACUUCAACUGAUCAAAGCACUGGUUGGGAGGAUAUAAACUCUUUGGUUUAUUCACCUUUGGUUUCUAACUAUCAAGCUUGUUAAUGGAGAUUGCUUCAAUUUAAGAUGUUACUUUUGGAGAGCUUAGGUAGUAAUAACUUUGGGAUGGAAACGCAAUAACAACUCUUUGUAAAGAUUUCAUUUUUGCUUAGAUUUUCCCCUUUGUUGUGGUUGUUUUUCGUUAAUAUAUAUUUGAAUAUUUUAUGACUUCUAAA